AUGGAUGAGCUAGAGGCCAAACUUCAGUCCCUUGUUACUGACGCCAAACAAAAGCUAGAUGAUGCCAACGAGAAAAGGGACGUGGCCUUGGCCAAGCUGGAGAGUUUGGAAGAAGAACUUCUAAAGUUAAAAAACGAGAUCGCGAGUCUCAAGGAGCGGGCGGACUUAUCUGACAAAAAAUUGUCCGAGGAAGCUAGGGAAGCGGAGAGGCGUUUCGCUGAGGGGAAGACUGAGGGGAAGAGGGAAGCUGAGGUAGAAGCCGAAUUUGCUUUCGACGCCAGGCGCGCCGAGGUUAUUGAGGAGUUCAAGACCUCCCAGGAGCUUAUUGACAUCCACACCAGAGACUUUCAAUCUGCGGGUCAACAAAUUGUCAACCUGAUCAAGAAAGAACGUCAUGAGUGGGAUUUAGACUUUCUUUAUAACUCCCCCCCUGCGGGCAACGAUAAUAUUUCUCCGCCUGGUGACGGCGAAGACUCGGGAGCUGCUGCCGGCGAGGCCUGA